AUGUCGGCGGUUGAUCUCUCGGCCGGCGGCGGGUUCGCCCAGGUGGCGCGGGCCUUCGUCGACAUCCAGGCUCAAGAGUUCCUGCCGAUCCUGCCGGCGGUGGGGGUGCACGACCUCCGAGGCGCCUUGGACAACACCGGCGCACUGCUCCUGGCCGGCGUGCCAGACCUUAGGCUGGGGACGUGGCGCCCGGCCCCGGAGAGCUCAAGUCGAGCCCCGGCGCCCAGCCCGGCGGAGAGCAGGUUGGCCCUCCCGCCAGGCGAGCAAGGCAUUCAACCGGCAGCGCCCGGUGACCCGGAGCCGGCCCAGGCGCAGCCGGUCAGGGCUGACAUCCCGGUGAGGCGCGACGGCCGGCGGGCCUGCAAGAGGACGGCCCUUCAGGCAGCCUUGCCAGAGCUCCAGGCGGAGUCGCUGGCGGACCUUGACGGCGCCAUCAUGGCGCGCUCCUCGGAAGGACCCUUCCGGUGUAGGGUCCGGACCUGGGUGGACUUCACGGCGGCCUGGGCCCUGCCGGCGUGGCCGAUCUCCCUGGACUCCGUCAGGAAGGUCGCGGCGAGCAUGCGGAAGGGCAGGUACCGCUCGGCGCAAAACUACUUCGACGCGGCGGUGACCUACCAGGAACACUUCCGCGGCGAGCUGGUGGACCCGCUAGUCCGGCGGGCCAUCCGGCGUUACGCCAAGGCAGUGGUACGUGGCCUCGCGGGGUCCAAGCUCAAGGCGAUCUUCCCGGCCAUGCGGCUGGAGCCUCUGCUGGAUCCCUCGCCGGCGUCCGCCGCGGAGCCUUGGGCCCCAUGGAAGGCGGCGCACUCGGCGGACGCCCUCCUCCUGGCGGUGUGGUUCAUGCUGCGUGAAAUCGAAUUCGCGGCGGCCCGCACCGAGGACAUGGAAGCCGGCGAGGACUGGGUCCUUCUUCGCAUCCCCCUGCACAAGACGGCGCAGGGUGGCGAGAGAGAGCUAACGGCGCGGCAGCUCCGCUGCGCUUGCGGCAUCCAGUCCCGGCCGAUGUGCCCGGCACACGCUGCGCUGCGCCACGUGUCCCGGCUGAAGGCGGCCGGCCUCUGGGUCCGAGGCGGGCCCUUGUUCCCGGACGCGGCGGGUAACACCUGGGCCAAAGGCGAGACCGUCCUGCUCUUCCGGCGGGUGUUGCUGGCCGCCGGCGUGGCCCUCACCACGGUCGACCACGAGGGCCAGAUCGUGCAGCUGUUCGCCGGCCACUUGGCGAGGGUCGCCGGCGCGGCCUGGUUAGCAUCCAAGGGAGUGCCCACGGCGAUCAUCCAGUUGCUGGGCCGAUGGUCCUCCACGGCGGUGGAGCGCUAUGUUCAGGCGGCCCCGCUCGCGGUGGCCCCGGAGAUCCCCGGCCGAGUCUUGGCUGGGAGCUACGGUGGCACGCAGGCCACCGAUGAGGCCCGGCGAGCCACGGCAGGAGGAGUGGCGCCUAGCCCUCAGGCCCCUGACCCCCCGGCGCAGAUGGAAUCGCCGGGGGCGCCGGAUGACCAGGCAGAGUUCUCUCCGGCGGUUCUGCUGGUGGACGCCCCGCCUAGGGGGCCGGCGCCCGGUGGGAUCGGACACCCGCCGGCGCGGGAGGACCUCAUCUACAACGAGAAGGGGGCUAAGGUGCACCGGCCUGACCCGGCGGAAGCUACCACGGAGCAGUUCCUCUGGAGGUCCAGGUGCGGCGCGUGGCCGUAUGGCAUCCGGCGCUUCUUCAGAGUGUCCGAGAAGCCGGCGUCCGCCGCCUGGUGCGCCCGCUGUUUCCCGGCGCCGGCUCCGGGGGAAGGUGAAGGUUCACCGACCGAGCCGGUGGACUCACCGGUGGCGUCCAGCUCGGCGUCCGAGUCGGACAGUCUUCCUUCCUCGGCUGCUGCGGCUCCUGCGGCUCCCUCGGCGCCCCCGGCCGCGCCCGCGCUGGCGGCGACCAUCAUGACGCCGUUCGCGGAUCUGGCGGCGGCGGCGGGGGCCGGCCCUCAGCUCACGGCCUACCUGGCGGCCCGCAACCUGAACCGCACGGCGACGCUGGCCCUCAUCGCGCACUCCUGGCGCGUGCGGGCCGAGGCGCACAAGCAGUGGGCCACCCACACCGCGGCGGCCCCUGGAACGGUGGUGCCGGCCCUUCCCGGCGACAAGCCACCGAAGACAUUCCCGGAGUGGGGGCCGCUGGUCAAGCGGUACAACGAGGUGACGGUCGCCGGCGAGCCCCGGGAUUUCCCCACGACCCUCCUCCUCGGCGCGGAGGAGGUGCUGGCGCGCAUGUACUUCGAGCACACAAAGUCGAAGGAGUACACGGCGGUCGGCUUGGGUGAGAUCUUGCAGCGGCGCACCUUCACGGCUUCCAUGGAGGUGAAUCCGCUGGCGAUCCGGCGCCACAAGGAGAGGGGCCAGGCGAUCCGGCUGGUGGACGGCGCACUGGUCCAUGACCGGGAGGACCCCUGGACCCCGAGGGGGGUCCUCGGCGUCAUCGACGGCAUCGAGGCGGUGCGCUGGGCUUGGACCCUCACCGGCGUGGCCACGGAGAAGGGGGCGGCGGAGUACGCCCAGUGGUGGACGUCGAAGGCCCGGCACCGCCCGUCCCAGCUCGAGGCGAUCACGGAGUACUGGGACGCGUCCUCCCGGCGCUUGGCCAUGCAGAUGCGCCUUCGCCGGACGUUCGAGGAGGUCACGGCGGAGAUCAUGAAGGACCAGGCGGCGUUCCUGGAUGUCCUCUCCCGCGGCGCCGCGGCGCACCAGGGAUACCAGCCCGGGCCCGCGCCACAGAAGGUGAAGAAGAACAGGACUGGCAUGACGAUCGGCGGUGGGCCAAUGCCGACCGGGCCCAGUCGUGGCAGGACCGCGGCGGUGGUGCUGAAGCCGGCCAGGCCGGCGUUCUCCCUCUUUGACGGCGUCGGGGCGGCGCCGGCCAUCCUCGAGGACCUCUUCGGCACACCGUGGGCGGCCAUGGCGUGGGAGACAGACAAGACUUGCCGGCGAUUGACAUCCACCCGGCUGCCCUGGCUCCGGCAGAGGGGUGAUUUCACCGCGGACUCGGUGGAGAAGGUGGCGGCGGAAGUCAAGCGCCUUGACCCGGCCGGCGAGUGCGUGAUCCUCCUCGUCGCGGCGCCCCCCUGCCAAGAUUUCUCCCAGAUCGGCGCGGAGGCGGGCCGCAGUGGCGCCCGCGGCAGCCUGUUCUUGCGCUCGGCGGAGUUCGUCCUGGAGCUGAGGGCGGCGCUCCGCGGCUGGCGGGUCGGCUUCAUGUUCGAGAAUGUUGUCAUGCAGCCGGCGUCGGCCAAGGAGGUAUCCGACUGCCUUGGGGUGGAACCGGCGCUGGUGUGCGCCUCCGAUUUCGGGUGGAUCUCGAGGCCGAGGCUCUGGUGGCUCUCGGCGGACCUCCGGCAGCACACGGAGGACCCGGCCACCGGCGCCCCCCUGGUCUGGACCAAGAAGGGGCCGUUCCACCGUCUCCGGCUGGAGGAAGCCAGGGCGGCGGCUAGCACUCUGCUACCGGUGGGCAUGGCCUUUCACCCGGCGGUGGCGUCGAGCAGGUUGCUCCUGCCAUGCGCCACCACGCCGGCGGAGGACGAGAACGGCCGCCCGGCGCCGAAGAGAGCUCGGGGCAAGAUCCCGGAGCCGGCGAGAGCCAGGUGGUUGGCGGACUCCCGGCAGUUCGCCCCCUGGCACUACACAGAGGAGGCGAUGAUCCACGACGAGGCCGGCCGGCUCCACAACAUCCCCGUCGGCGUUAAGGAGGCUCUCCACCACAUACCGGGGGGGUACACGGACCUCGGCGACGGAGCUGACAGGACCCGGCAUAGGAUGGUUGCCAACGGGUGGCAUUGGGGAGUGGCCCGGCGCCUCUUGGCAAUGCUCAUGGCCUUUACGGUGGCACAGCCGGCAGAGGCGUCGGUGCCGGUCGCACCGAGGACCACCACGGUGGCGUGGAUGGCCUCACAGUUCGGCGCAGGCCCCCUGGACAUGAGCCCCCCGCCUCGCCUGGCGUCGCGGCUCGACUUGCCGGAGGACGACCCCGACGAGCACUGGCGGCUGGCACUUCAACUGAGCCACUGCACGGUCACUCGGCGGCCAGACCUGGAGCCGGCGGUGGAACGCGUCUUGGAGCUCGCGGCUGCAUGGCGCCACGACGUGGUCAGGAUCCGCGGCGAGGUGCUGCAGGAGAUCAGAGACAUGGUGGCGGAUCGCGUGGAGGAGACGGCGGCCUGGCUGGCCCAGCGCCCGGCUCCGGUGCGCAGCACCUACUCCACGGCGGACAACGACCGGCCUACGCAGAUCCCGGUCCUCUUGGAACUCCUCGGCGUGGUGGGCUACCCCGACAUCGAAGGCCUCACGGCGGACCUCACCCAGGGCUUCGACAUGCUCGGCGAGGUGCGGCGUGGCCCCGGCUGGAAGGAGCGGACGGACGGCCGGUACCAGAACCCGGCGUCCCUGGACCAGCUGGCGGCGACCAACUGGGAAUACGUCCGGAAGCGAGCAUCGGCGGCGCAGCCCGGCAAGCACUGGGAGACCCUCCUCACGGAACUUGUGGCGGAGGCCCGGCUUGGCAGGGUGGUUGGUCCGGCGGCCCCGCCGGCUGGAUGGAACAUUGUCACCGUGCCGGUGCUGAACACGCCCGGCGCCGACCGGCUGGUGCCGCCGCCCCCCGGCCGCCACUUUGCCGCGGCGUCCUUCGCCAUCGUGCAGGAGGACGGCGAGGGGAACACGAAAGUGCGUCGAGGGGAGGACUGGCGGCGCUCGGGCCACAACUCCACGGUCCUGGCGCGGGACGUCCCCACCCACCACUUCGUGGAUGACGUGGUGGACUUCAUCCGGCGCGUGGUGGAACUGGCAGGGAAUCGUGGGGUCCCGGCGGCCAGGCUGUUCGGGCACGACCUGCUCAAUGCCUACCGGCAGUGGGCAGUCCGGCACCCGGCCCACUCCGGCACUUUCCUGGCGACACCGGCUGGGCUGACACUCUGGUUUCACCUGGCCAUGUGUUUUGGAGCCGCGGCGUCGGUCUGGAAUUUUAACAGGGCCGCGGACGCGAUGCAGGCGCUGACCCGCGUCCUGCUGUGGCUGGUCGGCGGCCACUUCGUGGACGACUUUAACGGCGUCGACCUCCCGGAGCUCGCGGAGUCGGCCUUCCACUCCCUGGCGGACCUCUUCCUGGAGCUCGGCCUGCAGACCAAGCCGUCGAAGGCCCAGGAGCCGGCGGCCCGGCACGUGGUCCAAGGAGUGGAAAUGACGAUCGAGGCGGGCGUGUCCCUGCGACCCACCCCCUCUAGGGUGGCCAAGCUCCUCCGGGCCAUCGAGGCGGCGCUGGAGACGAAUGCCCUUCAGCCGCACGCGGCGCAGAAGCUGGCGGGCAAGCUGAGCUUCGCGUCCCAGUCCACCUUCGGCUGCCUCGGCAAGGCGGCGUUGAAGCCGCUCUACGCCAGAGCCCACGACGCGGCGGCGGAGUCAUCCCCAGAGCUGUCGUUGGGGUUGGCGGCGGCCCUCCGGGCGCUCCGGCAGCUACUCAAGAACAUCCGGCCCCGGUUUGUGCCGUUCGUCGACGACGGCGCCCCGCAGGCCCUGGUGUACGCGGACGCGUUCUUCCAGCCAGGCGAGGUCAAGCACAAGGCGGGCUUCUUGCCGGCGGACCUGCCCACACCAAAGGGGGCACGCGGCAAGAACGGCUGGGGAUAUGUGGUCAGAGUCGGCGGCGAGACCUACUAUGACUACGGCCAGGCGCCAUCCUCCUUCCUGGUGGCGUUCGGCUCCAGGCGGGCCUUUAUCUACGUGCUCGAGAUCGUCGCCCAGGUCCUGGCGUUGACAACGCUGGCGCGGCGGUUACCGGAACGCUGGCUGGCGUUCAUUGACAACGUCGCCGGCCAGUGGGCCCUCACUAAGGGCUACGGGAGGGACCCCGCGGUCAACGGCGUCCUGGCGGCGUUCUGGUCCCAAGCUGCGGACAUGGACUGGCUGCCUGACUUCCGGCGGGUACCUUCGAAGGCCAAUGUGGCGGAUGCGGUGUCCCGCGGCGACCUGGCUACGGCAGAGGCGAUGGGCUGGACCAGAGUACGCACACCGGCGGCCAGAAUCUGCGCCAUCCUGGCCAAGACUGCUGGCGACCUCGAGUUCGCCAUCCACGGAGCAUCGGCGGAGCUGAGAGCUUGCGCUAUUUGA